UCUGCACAAAAUCUGUAUUCUGUAUAAAAUCUGUAUGGACAUGUAAAAAUCUGUAUAAUACAGAUAAAUCUGUAUAAAUGGCAUCUCUGAUUAAGACAGACAUUUGAAACAGUUCUAUAUGCAAGUGACAGUUUCUUAUUGUUUACUCUUUUUCCUCAAACCUCUAAAUACUUACAUAAAGUAAUAACUAAAUCGAAUUUUCGAUCCGGCGAGAUGGAUCAACCAUGUGUUUAGCCAGUCUGUUUACUCCAGACAACACAAAGGAAAAAAAAAGAAUUUUCGAUCCGCUCCGAAUUAAUUAAUGUAAAACACUCGAAUCUACCGUAAUAAUGGAAAUCGAAAGAUAAACUGUCAUUUGCGCAUAGGACCUUUUCUAAUGUUGAUCGAAUAAAUAGUCUAGCGCAUUCUGGAAAAGUGUGAACUGCUCAAACUUAUCCUGGUUAGCUCAAACCGUGUAGACAUCACUUGUUCACCUGUUUUGUUUGUGGUCAUUAUAUUACCGAACCAUACGAAUUCUAAUUAGUUACUGAAACAACGCAAUCAUGGCUAGUGGAGGAAACAAUCCAGAUCGACCUCGACAACCUCAGAAUUUAAAGGGUUUGCUGAAAUUUGCUAUGGAUGCAACCAAAUCAGAAGAUGCUCCCCAGUCAUCCAACAUAGAACCAAUGGAUGAAGAACGCCGGCGAUUUUUGGAGGACGCAUUGAAAUCAUUAACUGUAGAUGUGGUACAAGAAAUAGAGAAGGCCAUGCGAACGUUGUUGGAGGGUGCCGAAGAGGACAAACCAGAGGCAAUCGAGAUAAUCAUCGAUUUUGUUCAGGAUAUCGAUGCAGCCAAUGAUUUCCUCAAGGUGGGUGGUUCAUCAAUCAUUCAACCCGGCUUAGAGUCGCCCAAUACUGCGGUGUGCACUGGAAUAUUGCGUUUAAUUGCAGAACUUACUCAAAAUAACCCGUAUUGUCAGCAACGCCUACUUGAGGCAAACGUUCUUCCUAAAUUAAUCGAAUUCCUCUCCGGUGAAGCACCGGUUGCUAGUCAAGCGAUGCAUGCUGUAUCUUGCAUGGUUCGAAAUCAUGAACCGUGUUUGGCCGCUUUCAUCGACAUGGGUGGACUCGAGUGUAUGCUUGGAUGCAUUCAGACCGAUAACGAGAAACUGCGAAUCAAAUCAUCAUUUCUGAUGUCAAACCUAUGCACCGAAUUUACUGCUGUAAGGGAUGAAUUUAUCAAACUGAACGCUGUAGAACGUGUGGCUGCAUCGGUGCGACCUGCUAAAGAAUAUGAUGCAAAACUGGAAACCGCUUUGUCAACACUUUGUGUGCUUACCGAGAGCCCGGAAGCAGUUCGACGCUGUCAGGACGCAAACCUAAAGUUAAAAUCUAAACUAGAAUCGGUUCUAAAGCUUAACAACGGAAAAGAUGAGUGCCAAGAACAAAUUGAGUAUUCCAACACGUUGCUCAAAAGGUGUUUUGCAAACGAUAACGGAGGAACAGAUCGGUGAUUAAAAUAAGGAUUGUUUUGUAUUUAAUGAAGAAAAAAUGUUUUUUUAUGAAAUCUCAUAAAUAAAUAUUCUUAAAAAGAUAA